CUAAGGGUUGCUUUGGGAACCAGCGGUGGGUAGCGUAGAACCUCUGCCCGCCAAGCUAUACGUUCUUGUUCACGUUUAGCUCGGCUACGACGGGAUUCGCUUUGUCGACGGAGGCAAUGAUCACAUAAUCCUACUUUCCAGAUUCGCCGCUACGAUUUAGCGCCAUGAUUUUGGUAUCGCCUAAAACCGUAGCGUUGUGCAUCUCCCUACUCAUCACUAUUAUUUUAGAAGAACCCAAACCUUUACGGUCCAGCAGCCAGUAACAAUUCCAAAGGAUAAAAAUGAAUAAGAAGGAAGUGACAGUAGUCCCUGAAGAUAGAGAAGAUUCACGAAAAAUAGUAAUGACCCGUGCUGAAAAUGUGGUACUGAGUAUGCUACAUCAAAUAGCCCAAGGAAGAUGUCCUGAAGUGAUCUAUCCCACAGGAGUUACCGAGACGUUGGACCAGUCUGAACGUUGCAAAGAAAAAGCGACACAGUCACAGGAAAUUGAUGAAUUCAGGGAUACGAUGACAAACGACAGCAAAAUGACUAGGGUAGAUUUUACCUGUAAACGAAGCAGGAAUAAAUUAACGCUGAUGACUACUGUGCUGUCACACGCUCAUCGAUUAUCAAUAAACGGUGACGUCAUUACUCGUAGAUCACUUUAUUACGAUCUACAGUCCGAAUCUACUCAAGGUCUGGCACCGGAACAGAGACACGUUGACAAUUCGGUGAACCACGUGGCCAGUUUGUUAGGGUGCGCACCCUGGGACUUGGGUUUUAUUGCUACUGGCAAGGGAUUGGUUGCUGGUGACCUAACGCUUGGAAUUGGAUCCGAGGAAUCUGUGGAUUGCAACGUGAGAGGUGGUGUUGUUGUACCACAGAUUUUUUCAAAUUUGACAAAACUCCAGACAAGCUCGGACUUUGUAUUAAUCAUCGAAAAGGAUUCUGUUUUUCAAAAACUCAUUGAGCAAGACUGUCCACGUUCUCUGAAUUGUAUCCUGAUAACCGGUAAAGGUUAUCCAGACGUAUCUACAAGGAUGCUAGUGAGAAUACUUUGGGAAAAAUUGAACCUACCUGUAUAUUGUUUGGUCGAUGCUGAUCCAUACGGGAUUGAGAUCAUGCUCGUUUAUCGAUUUGGUUCUACCACUUUGGCCAAGGAACAUAAAUUACUGGUUUGCCCUGGUGUUCGUUGGUUGGGUAUUCAUCCCUCAGAGUUGGUUGCACUGGGAGUGAAAGCGACUCCCCUCACCAAUGCAGACCGUUCGAAAUUGGCAUCACUGGAGGAACGACCUCACGUUAAAGACUUCCUGUCUCGUGAGCUGGACGCCAUGAAGAGAGGAAAAGCUGAAAUUGAAAGUGUAGCCAGUUUUUCGUUACAAUUUCUGAGCAGUGCUUACAUCCCUUCAAAAAUAAAGGCAGGACAGUAUCUAUAAAUCUAUAAUUAACUAAACUCGUAUAAAUC